CUGAAUAAUUUGUUAAAUUUUCUAAAAAUUAACAUUGUACUGGGUUUAAUUAUUACACUUAGUUUUAAUGAUUUUUUCCCCUUAUGAGUAAGAAUAGAAAUAAUUUCUUUACUUAUUAUGAGAAUAAUUUUCUUAAAGAAAGCCACUAGGAUUAGGAGAAUUGGAUUUCAAAAAUUUAGAGUAUUAAUUAAGUAUAUAUUUUUACAAAUUUUUUCAGGAAUAAUCAUUUUAUUUUCUUUCUCAUUGUCUAACUUACUAUUAGACUUUUCUAAAAUAGGAUUAAAUCUUGGGUUACAUACUCAAUAUUAUAGAAUUAAUAUGAUUAUAGAAAUAUUUAGUUUUAUGUUUAUUUUUUCUAUUGCCUUAAAACUAGGACUUUUUCCUGGUCACUUAUGGGUAGUUGAUGUAUUUUCAAGAUUAACUUUUCAUGAAUGUUUCAUCUUAAGAACUAUCCCUAAAUAUGCUCCUUUUUUAUUAUUAAACAGAGAUUAUUGUGAAUCUAAUAAUCUUCUUAUACUUUUAAGAGGAUUGAGUAUUUUAUUAAGAAGUUUUCAAAGAUUAAAUUAUAGUGAUAUACGUCAAAUUAUAAGAAGAUCAAGUAUUAUAAAUACAGGAUGAUUAAUAUUAAGGUUUUUAUUCAGAAGACUAAAUAUAUUUUUUAUGAUAUAUUUAAUCUAUUCUUAUACUCUUUGAGUAUUAUUUAAUUUAAUUCGGGUUUUAAAUAUUCAAACCCUAAGAGCCUAUAAGACUUGAUUUUCUUAUACAGAUAAAAUAUUAUUUAGCUUUGCUAUUUUUAUUAUGAUAAGGAUACCUUGUAGAGUUAUAUUUUUUUAUAAAAUUUUUUUAAUUAUGAGAAGUAAUAAUGUUUCUUUAUUUUUUUUUCUAAUAUUAUCAGGUUAUACUAUGUUUGUAUUUUACUCUCGGAUAAUAUCUCAGGUUUGAAACUAUGAUUUCUUCAGAGUAAUAUUUUUGUAUACUUCAGUGAACCGUUUUAGGAUAUCCGUGAAUAAAUAUAUUACUAGUUUAGUAACACUUUUUUUUCCUAGGAUAGUUAUCUUAUUUAAAUUCCUUUAA